AUGCCACGAGGGGGCAAGAGGCACGUUCUCCAGUCCGGCGAAUUCUUGCAGGCGAGUGGGAAGGCCAGGGGGUGGUGGGAAGGUACAUUCUUCUCCUCCAGUCAGCCAUUGCAUAUCUCCUCGGUCAGACUUCUGACACGCUUGACUCUGCACAGCACGGACAAGCCCACCCCGCCAGCUCCAGUCGGGAACAUUUCCAUGACCGAGGGUUUCAUCGCGGCGACCUCGCGAAGUGGACGGCGUGGGGAGCGCGAGGCGUGUCGCGGCGAAGUAUUGGGUACGCGGUGGAUGCAUACUGGAGCCGUGGGAGAGCGGCGUACCCGGUACCCGCCACGAGAAUGGCCUCGACGCGUCGCAGGGAUACGCGAUGUGAUGGGUCUUGCAGCAAUAAUCUUCGGGGUUCACGAUCGGACCUGA